AUGUGGCGGGAUCGAGAUGGCACAACAGUCGAGUAUGUGGCCCUAGUCGAGGUAGGGUCUGGCGAGAUUGGCGAGGUGUCACCGCCAAAAGACAAUGUGCCAGCGACCGAUGGUGGUAUAGCUGGUGGUGCGGAGCCCGAGUCCCCCCCACGACGGCUCCUAGGAACCGCCCCAGGGGGCCUCGCGCCCCGACCUCUCGGUGGGAGGUCGGACAUGCGCUGGACGAUGUGCGAGACGGUGAGCUGGUUGUUUGCGCUUGUUGACAAGUGGGCGUUCGAGAGAAAGAGAGGCUCGCUCUUUAGCAGGGGUGAGGUCCUUAAUUUGAUGAAUGUCUACUCCGACGAUCAACACACAGCCAUCGAGCACCUUGCUGCUCGUGUACAUUCUCUUCCGCCUUUCAUUUAUAUGGCAGGCGACUUCAACUGCGUUUCGACAACUUGGGAUGAUUAUGAUCAUGGCGAGUUGUCGACGGCAAUAUCAUUGCAGGAUACCGCAUCGCAGAUCAGCCUCGAGUGGGCACGACCUUCUAACCAUGGACCGACAAGAAUCAGUCCUAAUCCAAACCAGAGAUCCAAUGUGUUGGAUCUUGUAUUCUUAGCCCCAUCUGAGAUUCUAAUCUCGAUGCCCAGAUUGGAGCACAAUCUCCAGGGUCCAUCAGAUCAUGUCCCGAUCUGUACAGACCUUGAUAUUGGUCCCGAACCGCCCGGAUCUGGUGAGGCUGAGAAGUCUUUCAUUUUGGACAUCCUCCGGGACCUUGCGGCUAUUCUGGUCGCAGCCCUGGCAAUCAAGGAAGGCGUUGAAGCUUUAGCCGAUGCUAUUGCAUCAGCGUUCUCAGACGUGUGGCUUGCCCACUCGACUGAGUCCAAACCUACCAAGCGCUCCAAGUCCUGGUGGACAGACGAGUGCUCGGAAACAUUUGGAGUGUAUCAGUUGAGCCGUUCGCUCACUGAUUACAACAAGUUUAAGAAGCAGUGCUCGAUGGCAGCCCGCUCACUAUCUACAAACACAUAUGCUACGCAGCCUGGUUACUAA